UCACCAAGCCUUGUCUACUCCGGCCUACUGCUCGACUGCUCCGACUGUGUUUAAUUAUGUAAUGGCUGGUACUAUGUCAGUGUCACAGAAAUCUUUCUGAAAUCUUUUAACUUCUUAUACAAUGGCUGUACCGGUACGGAUUUUAUCUCGUUGCAAAGAUGGCUUAAAGCUUGGCAAUGUUAGAUAUUCAAGUAGCACACCAUAUGCUCAGACACGAAAAAACUUGGUAUUGACAAGUGAUACAAAAGUAAUAGUACAGGGAUUCACUGGCAAACAGGGGACUUUUCAUGCCCAGCAAGCCCUUGAUUAUGGGACAAAAAUUGUUGGUGGCGUGUCACCUAAAAAAGCUGGCACUGAACAUCUCGGCAAGCCCGUAUUCGGUACAGUGAGGGAAGCCAAGGAAAAGACAGGGGCGGAAGCAUCUGUGAUCUAUGUUCCGCCACCUGGAGCGGCGGCUGCGAUCCUUGAGUCCAUUGAAGCUGAAAUACCCCUCAUUGUGUGCAUCACUGAAGGAGUUCCUCAACAUGACAUGGUGCGUGUUAAACAUGCACUGCUUCGUCAAAACAAAUCAAGGCUUGUCGGACCUAACUGCCCUGGCAUCAUUGCACCGGGAAAGUGUAAAAUUGGUAUUAUGCCAGCUGCUGUCCAUAAGCAGGGUUGCAUUGGGGUUGUGUCUCGGUCUGGCACUCUAACCUAUGAGGCUUGUCAUCAGACUACUGAAGCUGGACUUGGUCAAACGCUCUGUGUUGGUAUUGGUGGAGAUCCUUUCAAUGGCACGGACUUUAUUGAUUGCUUGGAAGUGUUCCUGAAAGAUCCAGAAACUAAAGGGAUUAUUCUUAUUGGUGAAAUAGGAGGCAAUGCGGAGGAAUUGGCGUCUGAUUACUUGACCCAGAACAACACUCCGCAGGGACAAAAAGCGAAACCAGUCGUGUCAUUUAUCGCAGGCCUUACGGCACCACCCGGAAGGCGUAUGGGUCAUGCUGGAGCCAUCAUUUCAGGAGGAAAAGGAGGUGCUAUGGAUAAAAUAAAAGCUUUAGAAAAAGCGAACGUCAUUGUCACUCGCUCUCCCGCUAAAAUGGGCGUCGAACUUCUCAAAGAGAUGAAACGAUUAGAAAUUGUAUAAGUUCAACAGCGCCUUUAAUCAACUGGUCUACUUGCUUUGUAUAGACUUUUAGUAAUUAUAUUGGAAUUUAUUUAUUUGUUACCGUUGUUUCAGUUGACGAAUUUGUUCUAAGAGUUGGUUGAAAGGAAAUUUGUGAAUUUGAUUCAUUUACAGUUGUUAAAUGAAAAGAAUCUAUCAAAUUUAAUAUUAAUGUGAUGUGAUGCACAUAGAUUUUAAAAAGAAUGCAACACGAUCGUAGUUUUAAGCGUGUCCAUUUAUAACUGAUGUGAAAUUAAUAAUCUGUUCAAACAUCAACUUACUAAGCUUGAAUUGUUUUAAUUAUGGAUUAUUUUGUGGCGUUUGGUGUUGUAUUUAUAAAUAUAUAACGUUUACUCAUAUUAAUGUGUAAUAGUAACAAAGACCUGUUGGAUUUUAUUAUUGUGAAAUAAUAGACAAAAAUAAAUA